AUGUCGUUUGAUCGACGUAGGAUCUCCAAGGCAUCAAUGCUAGACAUUGAUCUGGAUAAUACCGAACAACAAUCGAGGAAUGGCAGUAGAGCUAUCUGGCAAGAGAAAUGCUGUAUCGAGGAACGACAACUCCACGCGAUUGUACAGCUCUUGGCUCAGAAAAGAAAGAGGUAA